AUGAGCCGGACCCAAAGCCCUCAUAGGCCCUACUCCAAAGCCCGGCUCGGCCAGGCUCAACAAGGCCAGGCUUGGCUCGGCCUAGGGCUUCAGGCCGGGCUUUGCACAACACUAGUAAAGAUAGAGGAUCGAAUCCACACCAUAUGGUAUUGCAUACCGAUGGAUCAGGCAAGCCGCUGUUUUACUGAAGCCGAACGCAAAUUUUUCUCCUGCUGUGACACCGGAAGCAUUCCGGUCAUCGUACUAUUCACCAAAUUCGAUGCCCUCUACGACGUCGAAUUCGCACGACUGACAGAAAACGGAACAUCGAGGAAGGACACCAAGAAACUGGCCCCGAAGUAUGCCGAAGAGACAUUUGCAAACGGGCCACAACUGAAGUUUUUAUAUGACCCCAAGACCAUCCGACGGCCUCCAAAAUGCCACGUCUGCCUCCCAGACAUGGACCAGGAUGAUGCUGAUUGUGGGCCACUCAUCGAACGGACUGCUGGAACUCUGGACAAUGAAGUCCUGCAGCAAUUGUUCGUCUCCACUCAGCAGACCAACUUAGAACUCUGCAUGAAAUAUGCAGUUGAGAAGACACUUUCACAGCUUGUUCCCCCAGAUGUGAAUGCAGUAGCUAAAUUGGGUGUCUGGUUUCCACAUAUUUUUGUAAGAUGA